GGAUGGAGCAGAAGUGCGCUGGGCGCCGGAGGGCACGCAGCUGACUGAGCCGCGCCGCGUUCGCCUCGCCCCGCCGCCUGCCACCGGAGCUGCCCCAGCCUAACGCGCCCAGCCGUCUGCACUUCCCGGCUCCUACUGCAGUCCACCGGGCAGAAAAGGAGCCUCCCGCGCUCGGAGCGCUCGAUCGGCCCCAGCAAACUCCUUGCCGCCCGCCCCAGGCUCGGCACCGAGCACCGGGAUAUCAUGGUCUGCAAGACUCUCAUCGCUCUGUGCAUCUUCACCGCAGGAUUGAGGGUCCAGAGCCUGCCUACGUCAACCUCCUUGCCUGUUUCUCUUCCGGCAAAAAUUACCCCAUCGGCCUCCGCCUCCACCUGGAACAGCUCUGCACAGAACCCGGCGGCCCUCACUGCGUCCUCAGCCAGCAGCAUUCACAAUACCUCGGUACUCCCAGUCACAGCAUCAGCUCCGACAUCUUCACUGCCCAAUCAUGUGUCCCUUGAACCCAGAGAAGCGGCAAUCACCAGCCCAGCCUCGAAAUGGGAAGGCACAAACCCAGACCCCUCACUUCCUGGAUUCUCAUCAACCAGCAGUGUGGUACACUUGACACCCACACCCAACGAGCACAACGCCAGCAGUCCUGAAGUAGGCAUGCCAGCUGCAGGGUCACAGGCCCCUACACCCAUCACCCCUCAAGCUCCGGCAUCUUCACCCUCCUCCUCCUCAUCGUCAGCCUCACCUCCUGAGGUUCCCUCUAUCACCUCCAACCACAGCACCACUGUGACCAGCACCCAGCCCACAGAAGCUUCAGCUGCACCAGAGUCCCCAACAGAGGAGCACAGCUCUGGUCACACAACCACUUCCCGGGUCACAGCCGUGCCAGUGCCCAAGGAUAAAACACAGCAGGAAACUGAGCCAGACACAGUGAUAUGCGAGUCUGAGACCACCACCACUUUUCUGAUCAUGCAGGAGGUGGAACACGCAUUAAGUUCAGGCAGCAUUGCCGCCAUUACGGUGACCGUCAUUGCUGUGGUGUUGUUGGUGUUUGGGGUUGCAGCAUAUCUGAAGAUCAGGCAUUCCUCCUAUGGAAGGCUUUUGGAUGACCAUGACUACGGGUCCUGGGGAAACUACAACAACCCUCUCUAUGACGACUCCUAACAAAGGACUGUGGCCUGGGCUGAGGAAUAACUGUUCUUUAUUUAUAAGUGCUUAUCCAGUAGAAUUCAUAACAAGUACCUGACGCGCAUUGAAUGACAAUCUUAAACCCUGUUUUGUUGGUAUGGUUGUUUUUGUUUUUAAUCCCUCUCCUCUGGCUGCUACAACUUCCCCUUUUUGGUACAAAAGAACCAUGAUUCAAAGGUGAGUGGAGGUCAGUUUGCCACCACAAUGGGCCAGUCUUGCACUGGCCAGGUCAGACCACCAUGGCGGAGGCUUCAGCACCACUGAGGACCUACUUCAAGAAGGAUGAAGGAAGAGGGAGUGAGUUGUUUUGCUGGGGGUUUUUUUAGGGGAACUUUUUGUUUUGAUGAUUUCUUUACCUUCUUUAUAGGAAAUUACAUUAACUAUCAACGUGGAGAAAGAAGUCCUAGGAGGAUUUCACCCUGAUGUGAAGAAGCAGGGGUUUCUCCAAUUCCUUUUUAGUCUCUCUAUUUCUGGUUGUCUCUGACAGGAUGCCUGCUUAGCUCUACAAGCUGGCUAGCUGAUUCUUAGCUGCCUAAUUAAUGAAAGAAGAAAAUGGAACGUUCCCCAGAGGAGGUCAGGGGGCCUACAGGAAAAGUAGCAAGCAGGCUGCUGUUGAAUCUCAGCAUGCCCUCUACCUGUUUUCUUCCAGGUGGCCCAAAUGCACCUGGGAUGCCAGCUCACAGACUUUAAGCAGAGAUGUGUUCCAAAAGAGAAGGCUAUGAGAUAUGCUUAGUUAAAGGGAAAGGAGAGGCAUGGGGCGGGGGAACCAGCAUCAUUGAGGACCUCGUUGGGACAAGUGGUAAUCAAGUCUCAAUAACUGUCAGAAAUACCCACUAAGGCUUGGAGGAGUCCAUAUAAUCCUUGCUUCAUGCCCAUAAAGCAAUUGGUUCAUUGCCUUACUGUCUUUUAGAUAACGACUGCAAACUUUUCAAAAAUAAAAAAAAAAGAGGCACUAGUCUGUCCACAGUUGCAUUAUGAGGCAUUUCCGUAGGAAACAGACACUACAAAUAAUUCAUUUAUUCUCCAUACACUUACCUUAUUCCUUCUUCCCUUUAAUAUGAGCAUACACCCUUGGGUAUCUAGUCUUAAAAUUCUGCUCAACAAAUUUGGAGAAACAAUGUUCAUCUCUGAAAGUACCAUUUCAAUCAUUCUCAACCAACAGGUGACUUUGCCUCCCCACCUGGGGACAUUUGAAAAUAUCUGGUGACAUUUUUGAUUGCCAGGCUUUGGGAAUACCACCAGUGGGUAGAGGCCAGGGACACUGCUAAACAUCCUACUGGGCACAGGACAACCCUCUACAACAAAGAAUGAUCUGACACAAAACAUCAGUAGUGCUGUGAUUGAGAAGCCCUGAUGUAUUAAAAUCGCCCCUGUGAAGGAAGGAGACACAGAUUAGUAAUACUUUUUUAUUUUCAACAAAAUGAAGCAAGGUCUCAUUUUUAUCCUGUUUUUGUCUGGUGGCUGAUAGGUUGUUUCUCGGCAUGAUGGUUACCUUUUUAUUCCUUUGUGUUUUGAGAGAGUUUAUUUCAGGGCUCCACCUGUGUCUUCCUCUAACUCUGAGAUUAGCCAUCGGCAUCUUGUGUCCUGAUUUCCUGUAGUAGAAAGCAUGCAUUUCAAAAUGUGCCAUUCCCUAACAUCAUAGCGAACUCGAACCUGCAUUGGUUUAGAUUUCUAAACAUGAAACUUGACACCACGGCUCUGUUUAGGAAAACCACUAUUGCUGUGCUUUUCUGAACCCCUGGUGCCAGAGACCAGGAGCAGUACCACUUCUCACAACCUACUCUCUGAAAAAAAAAAAAUCUGUUCCUGAACUCCUUAGGUGCCAAAGGGGUGACCCUCAGAGGUCUUCUAUGACCAGACUCAGCAAUGAAGAUUAAGCUUCCUGGAAUUAAGAUGUCUCUGAACAUUAACCAUAAAAGAAAAAAAGACAUGGACCUUCUCAAAAAAAUGACAAAGAAUGGCCAAGAGUAUCCCCUCUGACUGUGUUUGGCCUGAAUAAUUAUCCCUCUCCUCACUUCCAGUCCCUUGGCAGGGCUUUCAAAAACCAAACUUCCAUUUUUUUUUCCCCUCUCAGCCAAAAACAUUUUGACCCAAUGUCCAUGAAACACCUUUGGAGAAGUACACUUCUGGACCUUGCUUUUGUCAUAUGCACUGGGUCAGAGGCACCAGCCUCUUCCCUGGCACCCUGGCCUUUUAUAAGUCGCUGAAGCAGCAAGCGUUUUUCCAUACUGAAGGCUGCUGUUAGGCAAGAAGAGCACCUGCACAAUUAACUGAUUACUUCCAAAUGCUUCUAGCAAAGAGAGGGAUCUGGGCCUAAAGCAGAUGAAUUCAGCAAGGUGACAACUUCCCAUUUAAACCGAAUACUCAUUGUGACAUGCCUAAGGGUGGGAACUUAUUUUGUCAAAUGUAUAUUUUUUUUGUUUUUGAAUUGGUCAAGAUAUUUUAGCAAGUUUAUUCUACAAAUAUUAUUUAAAAUGAACACACACACACACACAUACACACAUCUGAAAUAAAGGCCAAUAACUGAUGUCCUCAGGGAGAGUCUGUUCAGAUCCAUUCAAGGGACGUGGCCCCAGUAGAUCUUGCACAACCACAUCCCAUCCCUGGGUAGGACUGGUCCUAAUGCUUUAAAGAGAAUGUCGGAGCAGGAGGGAGAUAAGCAGCCUCUCCUCAAUGGAUUGCAAAUGAUUAAAGAGUGUGAUUCAACUUGGGUUUUUGCUUUUUUUUUCCUGUAGCCCUGAUGAAAUGUCCUGCCCUCUCUGCACGUACGCGUCUUGUUUCUGAAAUGGGGUUGAUGUUUUCAUAUUGACCUCACCCCAUACUACCUCACAGAUGUGUUGUGAGGAUCAAUGAAAUCAUGUCUACAGUGUUUUCAGUUUCUGGAGAAAAAAUAUUUAUCGACAUUUUAAGUAUUACAUAGAUAUAUAAGUGAUCUCAGUUUCUUGUUUGCUGUUAUACUGGUGUGUUGUUUUUACUUAUUCUCUAAAACUGCAAUUAUGUCAUAGCCACAUCAGACAGUGAUUAUAGCUCUGCUACCCCCAUGCAGCUGACAGAUAGCAGGGUUAACUGUGCCUGGGACCAAAAUGAUGGUUUUCAGCUCUAAAGGAAAGGAUGGCCCAGGACAUAGGUCUCACAGACUGGAAUCUGGAUCCAGGAGGUUAGGGAACAGAGUAUAGACCUCUGUCCUUCACUAUCCUGAGAUCUUCUGAUAUCUUUGUGGGGUUGAUUGUGGUUUGAUGUCAUCUGUUUGCUCGUCAUCUUGCUUGCAGAGGUGCAUGGUUUAAUCCCUUGCAUCUGGGAAAUGAAUUUUGCAACUGGGCCAGAUGCUAAUUUGCACGUUGAUUCGCCUUCUUUGCCUUUGCCCUUUUUUUUUUUUUCCCCUGGAGGGGAGGGCAAAUGAAUGUACCAUUUCAGCUUUGAUUUUGAAAGUGCUAGUUGGUAUUGGUAUUAGUGCUAACCAAGAGUACAUUACCAGAUUUCUUUCUUGGGGUAAGUUAAACCACAUAAUUGAAAGAUGGAAAGAUGUGCAACUUCUUUGAUAUUUGAUGUCAUUGUAUCUACAUUUGAUGUAAGACAUAUUGCAUACCAAUUAUAAUUAUAUCAAUUAAAGUUGUUAAAAGCUUG